AUGCUCACAAUCCUCCUCUUUCCCCUAGCCUUCCUACUCACCCUCACACACGCCUACGCAAACCCAGGCGCCUGCACCGGCGACUGCAACGUCCACGACCUAUCCGUCCUCCAACGCAGCUCCGACGGCAAAUACUACCGCUUCAGCACCGGCAACCGCAUCACCAUCGCCUCCGCACCCUCCCUCACAGGCCCCUGGACCAACCGAGGCGCCGCCAUACCCUCAGGCAGCUCCAUCGACCUCCCCGGCGCCGAGGAUCUCUGGGCACCCUCCGUCCACAAGGUCGGCACCUCAUACAUCCUCUACUACUCCGUCAGCGAAUUCGGCAGCCAGACCAGCGCGAUCGGCUACGCCACCUCCACCAGCUUGGACGCCGGCACAUGGACAGACCACGGCCGCACGGGCAUUGCGUCCUCGCCCGCGAAGCCGUACAAUGCCAUCGACGCGGCCCUGCUCACAACGAGCAGCGGCGAGCAGUAUCUUAGCUUCGGCUCGUUUUGGGCCGGGCUGUACCAGGUGCGCAUGAACGCGGGUGCGACGGCGCCGGCCGGGGCGCCGAGCUAUCAGAUUGCGUAUAAUGCGACGGGCAGUCAUAGUGUGGAGGGCGCGUAUAUGUUUGCGUACGGCGGGUAUUACUACUUGACGUUUUCGAGCGGGGUGUGCUGUGGGUAUGAUGCGGGUCGGCCGGCGAAGGGGGAGGAGUAUAAGAUUAUGGUGUGUCGGAGUGCGAGUGCGACGGGCGGGUUUGUUGAUAAGAGUGGGAAGGCGUGUAAGGCGAGUGGGGGGUCGGUGCUGUUGCAGUCUCAUGAUAAGGUGUAUGGGCCGGGCGGGCAGGGUGUGUUCACGGACUCGAGUCAGGGUCUGGUCCUGUAUUACCAUUAUGUUGACACGUCUGUCGGAUACGCGGAUGGCCAGAAGCGAUUUGGGUGGAACAAGCUGUCGUGGUCUGGUGGUUGGCCAGUCGUCUGA